GUUUUGCCCUUUUUUGUCAUUGAUAAACUUGGAUACCUAACAGGAGUUCCUGGGUUAUUCAUUGCAGCUCUUUUUAGCGGCUCACUUAGGUAGGAUAAAAUUGUUGAAUACAAUCCUUUUUUCUUACUAGUUAUGUAUAUGAAAGGCAUUGUAUACACCUUAAUUCUUGUACUCUAUACUUUAUUAUAAUACUCUUACAAUAUGAUUUUUGAUUUGCAUGUUUACAUGUUAAUUAAUAAUUUGUAAAGUCAUAUCAAUAAUUACUGUAGUGUUACAUUAAUACGUCUCCAUCCCUUAUCAGUUAAUAAAUCAAUAGGCUUACAGCGUUUUUGAGAAUCUUUUAUAUCUAACAUAUAGUUCGAAUAUCAAGUGUUUCUAAUUUAUUAUCAUAGUGUUUCUAAUUUAUUUAGUUCAAAUACUAUAGUUUUGAGUAAGAGUACACUACAUAAUAAGUCUUAUAUGUAGUGUACUCUUUUAAAUGUCUCUCAAACUUUAAUAUUCUCUUCCUUUCAAUCUUUGCGAUUCUUGUGCUUAUUCUUGAAUGUUCAUCGAGGGAAACCAAUACUUGUUUCAAAUAAUUGCUUUUGUCUUGCUACUCCCAAGGCGUUUGUGCAUGUGCACUGUUGAUAGUUUUCUUUCGUAACGAGAUGGGAGGAAUCAUUUUGUCUCCUCGAAGUAAAGUACUAUCCCAUCGGCUUCGUAUAUCUCCGAUCUAAGAUCGUUUCUUCACGGAUCUUGUCCAGUACAACAGCAUGUUCUGUAAUGAUGAUUGCUCUUACAUGGUGUUCUAGGUACGUUUCUUCGGUGUCUGGUAAUGGAUGGCGGGACAUAUAAUCGGUUAUGUUUAAUUUCCCAGGUAUGUGUAUCCAAACGAAAUCUACAUUCUGUGUCUUCAUCUGUUCCAGUCUUAGUAGUAAUUUGGCACUUGGAUUGUUGAAAAUCGACAGUAGGGGUUUAUCAGAAAUUGCUGUGAUCCAAGAAGGUACAUUUGUAGUCGAGUUGCUGAAAAUUCUACCAUGAAGCUUCUCGUUCAAUUGGGCAUAAUUUUGCUCGGCUUCAGUCAGUGUCCUUCUAACAUAAUGAACAGGUGGGUUGAUAUAUGUGAGAUGUCUUUUGGAAUAGUCCUCCUCCGAGGCGAACUGGAGUCGUAUCACAGAUGAUUCGAGUUUUUCUUUCAUAAUAGUAUGGUAUAAGUACCAUUGCUGUUGUAACUGUAAUGUUGUAAUUUCUCAGAUCAUCAAAUGCUGCUUGUUGUGCUUGUUGGUCUUGGUUCCAUUCAAAGGGAUAACCUGGUUCGGAUCUACUGGAAAAUAUUUCAAUGAAACGGGACAGAUGUGCAAUAAUUCUGAUAAAUGAUACAAGUUCUUCCUUGUUCUUCGGUCUUUCUAUUUCUUUGAUGGUUCUGAUUUCGCUGGUGCUUGGGGCAACCCUUCACUGCAUGGUCAGUCAUUGAACUGAGGUCAACCAAAAACGACAAAGAAAUAAAAUGGCUGUCAAUGGCUAUUAUAAAAGCCAAUAUAAAAGUGGCCCUGGACCCACGUGACCUCGUCAAAGAGAUCAUGGCUGUUCAUACUUUCAAAUGCAAGCCUUUUGUAUUGGUAGUUCCACCAUGGUAUUAUCCAAGGUUAAGAUCAAUCUUACAGAGACCAUACAGUCCUUGAAUUCGUUUACAAAAUCUUCAGUCAUAGGUGUUUGCAUGUACUUCAGUACUUGUCUGGUGUUUGUACAGUACUUGUCUGGAUUUGAUUCAAUAUUCGAACUCGAAUGUCCUUAAGGUUCUUCGCUUUUGGCUGCACUAUGAAAAGAGAGCAGCACCAUUCAAUUUCUUCAUGUUCAGGGACUUUCUCUACGGCACAAUGUCACUUUCAACGAGUUCGUUUAUUCACUCUUCCAGUGGCUCUAGGAAAUGGUACAGUACACAUCUUUGGACAAUCGGUGUCAGUGUGUCACAUUCUCAAAUUUCAGAAAUAAAACCGUUUUCGGCCAGUUCACGGUUACUGUCAAUAAUAGUGUUGGAGUGUUUCUUGUACGCACACGCUUUCAAAAUUGCUUCUUGUGUGACUUUAUUGCUUUAUUACAAAGUUGUUUUUCUCGAUUUCUGCUUAGAAUAUUUACACAAUAACGGAAUGACUCUUUUCACCAGACUUAGAGUUAUAAUUAAAAAUAGUUUCUGUUUAGCAUUAAUGUUUUAAGGAAAUGGCUGAGAAAUUUGGUAAAAUGAAAUGUAAAACUAUAUCGUUAGAAAUAAAGUUAAUACCACUUCACUUUACAAGUUUCGAAAACACAAUACAGCGGUCAGAGCACCAUACAGCACAAUGAAAACAUGACAUAUCAAAAGAAAUAGUAUCGUACAAAUUGGGAAAUCUAUAGGAAACAAAAUAAAAUGGAUUUUAAAGAAUAUCACGGCAAGGUUUUUCCCAACAGUCGGGAUGGUCUUUGCUAUUUGUUUGAAGUGAAUGUUUCGGAGUUUUAAAUAAGUUUUAAAUUGUCCGUGAAUAUGCUUGACACAGUAAAAUAAUAAAGGAAUCCUACCUUUCAAGUUAAAUACAACAUUUUGUACAUAUAUUUUGUCAGAUUUUGAAAAGUAUUAUUUACUACCCAGAUGGAAAUAAUGUGUUGAACUGGAAAAGGGGGGUCUGCAUGGUCUUAAUUUCCUGCAGUUUCAGACAAAUGUUUUUUAUAUAUUUCAUCCACUAGACAAAGGUUUCAUCAUGCUUAGGACUUGCCCCCCCCUUUAAUUAUUAUAUAAAUCUUAAGUUCAGUAAGGGAAUUCAACCUAGUCACAAAUAGAUCCUUUGCAAAAUGGUGAUUUUCUACAAAUUAUCUUUGUUCUCUAAGCUUAGAUCAAAAUAAGCAAAUACAAAAUAUCCAUUAAAAUACAUCAAAUAUGAUUGAAAUUAUUUUAUUUUUCGUUAACUAGCACAGUUUCUUCAGGAAUUAACUCUCUUACUGCCAUCAUAUUAGAAGAUAUUAUAAAAAAAAUUAAAAAGAAUAUUCCCGAUUCUGAAGCCACAUUUCUUUCAAAAAUAAUCGGUGAGUAUUUCUUGGCCGGAGUGCAUCCAUUUCUCAAGAUAUAAUUGCGAGAAUCUACAUGUUAUGAUAUUUGGUAUGAAGUUGUAGAACGAUUGAAACCUAUAGUCUCUGAAUUGUGGCAAUGUUAGUAGGGAAAAAGCCUAUGUCCAGGUUUCCAUUUAUAGCUUUUCUGAGUAUGUCCGAAGUGCAAAAUCAUGCUUCCUGCCCUAGUUGGCAAAGCUAUUUACUACAAAUUUAUGUCAACAAAUCAGAGAGUUACAAUUUACUACAAAUUUAUGUCAACAAAUCAGAGAGUUGAGAACUACAGGAUGUAUAAAAAGUGUACAACUGUAAAAUGGUCAUUAAACUAAAAACUUUGCAAAGUUUCUGAAGAAUUUAUGUGAAUAUUUCAAAGUAUUCUGAUAUUUCUAACACUUAAACUAAUAUGAAAAUUUAACUCUUCGGUACAAGAGGGUCAGUUUUAAAAACCACAUUAAAAGUGUCUUGCACACAAAAAAAUGGAAGGAUUUAAACACAACUUGAAUUCAUUAGUUGCAAGUUUGAAAAGUGUUUUAUGAACUAUCAAAGUUCUAGAUAAUCUGAUAUAUUAAGAUCUCCGUAUGAACUGUAAAACCUGGACUUUGCUUAAUUUUUUUAGCUUUUUGUAAAGAACAUGUGAGAAAGGCUGCAUGAUAGACUUAAAGGUUGCAUGAUUGACUUAAUGUAGAUCAAAUUGUCUGGUACCUUGUUAUUUCAUAAACACUUUCCAAACCCAACUGAAUUCAAAUUGUGUUUUAAACCUUCCAUUUUUAUGUGUGUGGUUUUUAAACACAGAACUAACAAUUUAAAUUUUCAGAUUAGGUUCAAUAUUAUAUAUAGGGAAAUCAGAAGAUCCUAAAAUACUCAUAUCCACAUACUUUUUGUGGAUUUUUCAGUUUAGUGGCCAUUUUACAUGCAAUAUUGUGCACUUUUUUACACAGCCUGUAUAAUGAGAUAUUUAUGAUAAAUCUUAUCAGCACUCUUUAUUACUUCUCUGAACUAUAGGGACCUAAUUUCUAUUUAUCUUGACCUUCAAAUUUUUUAAAAAUUCUUUAACCAAGGUUUUCUUCGACUUAGGAGUUAUCUACGGAGGCAUAAUAAUUAUGGGGGCAAUUGCGUUGAGAUUUGCAAAAGUACCAUUAUUGAUUCAGGUAAAUAUAAAUGUUUGAUAUGCCAACUAAACUGCAUUCAUAUAAGGUUAUUUCUACUACAGGCAGCAGGCAACAGUGUAUUUAGCAUGUCAACUUAAUGGCUGACUGAUCUAUGGUUAUGAUAAAACAUAAUUUUCGCACACAUGAUGUGUCCAAUGGGCCCAAUUGAAUGAAGCAAUUAAAUGAGCCAAUUGCAUGGGGUCAUUAAUAUCUGUUUGAGAAAAUACCUUGGCCUCUCGCGUAUACAUUUAUAUAUCCCAAACAUGGGUGUCCAGUGUAUAAAAAUAAGUACUCGGGAGGUGGAUAGUGCUUUUCUCGCAAUUUGAUUGGUUGCUCAGUUCCGGAUAUCCUUGCACUAUUCACCUCCCGACAAAAACAAAAUGGCUUCCAAUUUCUUUUCAGUUACAGCCAAGCAAAUGUUUGUACUAAACGAAGCUGCAUUCAUCUCAGUGUCAGUGAAUAAUCGUGUAUAUGUUAUUUGCCAGCUGGGAGGUCUGUUACCGUUCAUACUGAAAAAAUAUGUCCCCAAGAUCUCAACGUUUUGUGUACAAUAUAGUGAUACACUAUUUGGCCAGGUUAAAGCUGAAAUAUGCUAAUAAAUAGAUAUAUUUGAUAUGCAAAUAUUAAAAUCACACUUGCAUUAAACCAUGCAGGUGCUAUAUUGAGGGUCUGAAUGGGGUUAACUGACUACUCAAUUUUUGCCUGAAUUUUUGACUGACAACUGACAAAAUAUCCUAGCUGACAACUGAGAAAUGAUGAAAAAGUGAUGAGUCAGCAUUUUGCAGUAACUGACUACUGACAGCUUGCAAUAUAUCGCACUGACAACUGACAACUGGCUUAAAUUUUAGCUGAAAACUGACACCCAAAGACCCCCAUUAAGACCCACUAUAUUUAAUUACAAUUUUAUUGUAUUCGAAUAAAUUUGAUUAAAUCAAUUAAGUCAUAUUUGAUUAAAUCAUAAAUGUAUCCUUGCUAGAGAACCAUGAGGUUAAUUAAUCUGAUUAGGUCUCCUUAAAUUUAUUCAAUUUCUACUAUUGUAACAGAGGCCACAUUUAAAUUAUUUAGGAACGAUAAAUCACACAUGUUCUUUUAUUAGCCUGCCAACAUAGUCCGUUCAAUGGUCAGAGUGAUGGAGCCAUGCCCUUGUUACGAUCAAGGGGGGUUAGUGUACAUCUAUGAUAUACAUCAUAGAUGAUAUACAUCAUAGAUGAUAUACAUCAUAGAUUCAUUGAUGUAUACAUACAUAAGAGAAUAGGUUGAACCCACAUAUCAGCAAGCAAAACAUGUGAACCACCAAAUUUUUGGCACCAUUAAUGAUAAGCUACAAAACACAUGCUUCACUGAAUUUGUUUGGACUGAAAUAUUCAUAAGAGGCCAAAACGUUUGCCAGACAGACUGAACCCCAUGACCUUCUUUCUGGCUACGCCUCUGACAUUACUUUUAAUUAUUACUUUAAACCUUUUUAGUAUAAUUACAUAGGUGAUUAUUGAAAAUUCUCCAUGCUGAUUGGUUACCGUUGAGGUGAUUAUUACGCGAUAAUCACCAAAGCGAUUUUCAAAAUGGUGGCCGAAGCCGUUUUGUCAAUUAAAAGACGAAGAAAUGUGCACUUUUUUUAUUUUUCCAAGUAAUCACGUAUGAAAUUAUACUAAAACAAUUAUUCACCUCAGGCUCCGUGAUUAUCGUGAAUGGAAACCUCGACGUCGUCUCGGUUUUUAUUCGCCGAUAAUCACCUCGCCUUCGGCGAAUAAUUGUUAAAUAAUGUAAAUUGCCUCUUCCAGCUUGGUAAAUGGUGAUGUCAUUGACUGCAUGCAUGAUGCGAUAAGAAUUAAGUCAAUAGCACCCAGUCCAGUCAUAAAAACUGACAAUUUCAUUCCACAACAUAAGGAAAGCCAUUGACAUAUUUUUUAAUCUAUUCAUUUGGAUAAACAUAAAUAUAUAUUUACCAAUCUAUGUUUAUAUAAUGUUGGAACGUUCUUGCACAAGAGCAGGAAACCUGCCUUGGCAAGAAAGUAUAGCGAGGCAUAACAUCAUAAUGGCGAGGAUUAUAAACAAUAUGUAUUUAAAAUUUAAAUUAACGUAAUUUAUAGCACGGUUGAUAUUACAUUUGAAUGGCAUUCUUAAUACAAACAGCGUACAGAGUUAAGGAGCAUUUAUUCAUUUAAGUAUCACAUAAAAUAUCAUUUGUUGGCUCAGGUUAAAAUGACUGUAUUUAAAAAGUUAAAAAACUAACAUUUUCUACUUUUCUACUAGCUAUAUAUUGUAACUACUGUUUGUAAAUGUCUUUUCAUGAAAACUAAAACUCAGUUAAAAUUUCCCAAUAGUUAACAGCAAGUUUGUUCAACAUUUCUGCCGGUCCACUGUUAGGAUUAUUUACGCUUGGAAUGCUGUCAAAACGAGCCAACUGGAAGGUAUGUGUUGUUCUCAACUAAUUGUUUAUAACUGUUUCUAGAUUAUAAAAAUCUAUAUUUUUAAUCAUGAUGGUACUUCUUCUUGCUUAUUUAAUCAGAGAAGCUAUAACCGAAUUACUGUUACGUCUCUACAGUGGUGUAGUGGGAUGAGCACCACCCCCCCCCCCCAAUAAUUUUUGCACAUUGCAUAAUCUUAAACGAGAAUGUUCGUUAGAAUUGCAUCUACAAAGAGUGAUACAGAAACCUUGAAUUACAUACCAUUUUGAGACGCUCAGAAUAUUUUAUAUUACUAACGGUAAUUGUUUUUAAUAAGCAUAAUUUUGAAUGCUUGUUCCACAAUUAUUAGAAAAAACCCAACAAAAUUUAGAAUUUACAAAAUAUCAUAUUGUACCCCCCGACAAACAAACAAAACAAUUCCUGCAAUCUUGAUUUCCUGCAAUCUGAUUGGCUGCAGCAGCGGGCAGCUUUUUACAAUAUCUUGAAAUUAUUGCACUUACUUGUAUAAAUCAUAAGAGCUUGCAUUUACAGUGAAUAGCUUCAAACAGGGCGCUUAUAUAUGCUCAGAAACAUUGCUUUGAACGAUUGUUCAAAUAUGGCGAAUAAAUUGACAAAACGAAAAUACUACAUGACGUUACAAAGAAAAUAACAGCAAGUAUUGCGGGCGCGCGAGCGAAAAGGCGAGGGAAGAAAUAAUAGAAUGGUUGAAACAAAUAUCAUGUGACUUUUUAAUGAUGCUUCUAGACUAUCCGUUUAAGCUUUUUGUGGUAUUUUUAGGGCUCAGUCUAUGUUCUCUUACAUGUACAAGCCUAGUCAUUACCAAAAAAGCACUGAUCAAUCCAAUCAUAGACAAUCCAGAAGAAUGUCUUCUGGAUUGUCUAUGAUCCAAUUUAUGCGAUUUAUAACAGCGAACAUUCUUAGCUUCGGCGCGAGAUGUGUUCCAUAAGUAGCCUGGUCUCGUGACGUAUGACUAAAUAAUAAUAAAACUAAGGGAGUGGUCAUUAUUUAUGGGGAGGGGGGUUGGGAAAUGGGAGGGGCAAACGAAGUUUUACCCUUAUAAAUAGGGGGGUCAAAAACGUUUUAACACAGAGAAAGGGGGGGUCAUAAAAGUUUUUGAACUUAAAUACCAUGUCUAGAGUUCUGAUUUCUAUAAUCACAAAUAGCAAAAAAGAAGACUCUGAAAAUUCUAUUUCAACUUUCACAGAAACUCUGUAUGUUAAUUGUUAAUGGUGCUAACUUGCCCUGAAGGAAGCUCGGUCGUGGCUUCAUUGGGCAUUACUUACAUGCGCUACUGCCCAAAAGGAAUCAAGUUUCCUCACACCAAGCGAUCUCAUAGUGGAAAUUUAGGAGAAUUGAUUUAUCCUAAGUUGGCCAACGAAUCACUCUGUCCAGUUACGUGUCUUACAGAGAAUACCUAAAACGAACAAAUGGGGACAUAAGAACGAUGACAAACCACACCUUUUUCUAUCUUUCAAAGAGCCUCACAAACCUGUUUCGUCACCGACGCUUUCACGUUGGGUUAAGAAAAUAAUCCGUCUGUUUGGAAUUAAGAACGAUAUCUUUAAAGGUCACUCGGUUUGUGGGGCCUCAACCACUGCUGCCAAGACAGCUAGUUUAUCCAUCGACACUAUUUUGCCUAUGGCUGAUUGGACGAACAAAUCAACUUUUAAUAAGUUUUAUUAUAGUUGUAUACAUAAUUUAUCAAUUAAUGUCCACGUGGCAUGUAGUUGGGCCUUCUUCAGUGGUUUUAGAAUAAGUCGGAAUAUGAUGCAGGAGGCUCCGCUACAUGGCAAGCAGGGACUGUUCCCACACUUUUUUCUAUUCUCCUAUGCUUGGCAUAAUCAUUUACGCUCUGGGAAGCUCAUACCACCUGUAUUCCAUACAUUUCUACUGAAAAGUGUGAAGUAUAAUCAACCAAUAGCAAUGUUUAAAUUAACUCAUUGUUCAAGUCACGGAUGGAUAACUAAACCCACACUUUAUUAUUGCAUGGUUGUUUGGACAAAUAUACAAUAUGCAGAUGACGACAAAGAACCAUAUUUUUGCAUAAAAACAUAAAUAAUGAAUUUAUUCUACUCACAUGGAGUUUCCCAACCAUCUAAACAUCCCACAAGUGACAACGUAAUAUGUUUGUAUAUUAAAAUUGGUUGCCUCGCUUUUUGCACCAACAAAUUUGCAGAGUGAAAGACAGGCUAUAUACAUUGUUGACUACUUGCAAUGUGACUGCAUAAGAUUGUAUACAGGUCAGGGCCCACUAGGAAAUGGUGUUAGUAUAGGUAAUAGCAUGGUUUCGAGUGCAAUUUGGAUAUAACAUGCACGAGUGAGUUUUUCAAAGACCUCAACGCUAACAGCUUGAAAAUUCCACUCAACUGUGUAUUUUUUGUUAGUCUUGUUUAAGGUAAAUGCUUUUCCAUUUAAAAAUAAAGAUAAAAGCCAUAUUUUCCACGCGAAGGCAACUUUUACUUUGUGUAGCGCGGCGCCAUGUUUGUUUUGUUUUGAAGCAAUCUGUGACCGUUACUUCUUUAAAACUAAACUGCUUUAAACUGAUUGGUUGAUUUAAUCAUCACAAUGUUUUCCCACCAUCAGAUCAGUUUGUUACAGAUUUUUGCACUGUGAUUACAGAAAAUUGCACUGUGUGACUGUGAUUACAAAAAAUUGCACUUUGAUUACAGAAAAUUGCACUUGUGAUUACAGAAAAUUGCACUGCUGUUUGGGAUUAACUGCACUGAAAUCAACCAAUCACAGUCGAGUAAUAUCUUUAUGUAUAUUAUUAUAAUAAUAACAAUAUUAUGUCUGUACAUGCUAGUUAGUAUAACUUGAUUGUUCUGCACAUGUGCUAUAUGAGGGCCCUCAGAUGUAAACAAUACCCAAAUUUCUAAUGUGUACCCAUUUAAAAGCAUAGCAAGCAAGAACAAUGUUAGAUAUUAAUUAAUUCCAUCAUUUUUUAUGAAUAUAGUAUGCUAAAAACGUAACCAAAUGGACUGGAUCCCAUCUUUAAUAUUCUCCACAGGAUUUGGUGUAACACCUUUAGACAAUGUAUAUCAUUAUUUAGGGAGCUUAUAUUGGCACCAUAUGUUCCUUUGUUGUUCUUGGUUGGAUCUAUAUUGGGAGCUUGUAUUAUCCUUCACCAAAUGUGUCUGCACCACCAACAUCAGUUGAGAAGUGUGUUGUGUUCAAUGCUACGAGAAGCAACAUGAAAGUUAAAAAUGACAGGUAAGAUAAAAUCAAUAAAAUUUCAUGUUCAUUAUCCUGGUCAGUCUUCAAUAUUCUUUUUCACAAAAAAUCUUUAUCCGAACAUAUUCGUUACCAGCUGACAAUUUGAAAAGGUAUGAAAUAAAACAUGCUUUCAUUGGCAUGGAUACAACUACCUGAAAAAUAUAAGGCCCUUCGUCAGAAGUUACGAAAACAAAAAAUGUAAAUCACAUUGCAGAAUGUAUUAAUACAAAUGGACGGGAAACUACAACAAAUACAACAAAAUAUAUGACAUAAGUAUGGAAUAAGAUAAGAAUUAAAUGUGAAAUCAAUUUCUGCACAUACAUAGGAAAAUCGUUCAUUAAUGCCAUAGCUAGGGUGGACAGUGGCAAGUGGACAUGUCUUUUGGGGCUAUCGUUGCUACCAGAAAUGGGACAAAGAGCUCGAAUUUCCAUAUCACAAACACUGUGAAUGCCAAGUAUUGAUAUGUCUGGCAACAGGCCAGCUGGUUAGCAUCAUUACCAAUGAUUGCAUGCAGACGCUCACCAAUUGCAAACCUUGUCCUCAAAGAUCUUCCAGUUUCCAUAAUAAAAAGCAUGUUACAUCGACUGCAUGAGAUGCAGUUCAUGAGAUGGGAGGAGGUACACAUGAAAUGGUGUUUGAGUAAGGAAAUGUGCCAUUCUGUGACGAUGAAUCCGGUAAUUGGGAGCUAUGAACAAGGAUCUUUUCACAGAUAUUUUUGCUGUGUCGAAAAUAGACUAAGGGGUUAUCGGAGAAAAUGAAAGAUGUUUCAGAGUCGUUUUUAAAAUAUGGAAAUUCUUCCUAAUGACAUCUCUAACAUUGACAUUAAAAGGAUGAUAAGUUAACACCAGGGCGAUUUGUUGUUACCUGUAAUAUUGGACACAGGGUCCGUAAGGGUCUCAGAUUGUGGAAUUUGGGAGGCCUUCGAAAAUAUAGUGUCUAAUAAAGACGUACGAUAGCCAAGUGUCUUAUUUCCAGACUUUUGGCUUGGAAGUCCUCAUCUUUACUGCAAAUGCGGCAAAGGAACUAAGAGAAGGGAAUCACCGUUUUCGUGUGGUUGGGAUGGGAAGAGGAAAGUGGAACAUAGCUAAUGGAGUCAGUAGGCUUGUACAUGGUGUCUAAAAAACGCUAUGGAAAUUCAACAGGCUGUCGUGCAUCAUAAACGUGGCUAAACAAUUCAAUUUUUACAUACGACGAAAGAACAGUUAUUUAGCUUUACAGUGAUACUCUUUUUAAAUCGUAACGAUGAGAAAUGGCCACAUACUCGUCAAAUAAAAGUUGCCGGUCGAAAUCACAUUCUUCCACCGGUCGAAAUCACAUUCUUCCAACGGUGGAAGAAUGUGAUUUCGACCGACAAUUUUUAUUUGACGAGUAUGUGGCCAUUUAUCAUCGUUACGGUUUAAGAAAGGUUUCAUAGAUAAUUGUUCUUUCGUUCUAUGUAAAAAUUGAAUUGUUUAGUUAAGUUUGUGAUGCACAACAGCCUGUUGAAUUUCCAUAGCGGUUUUUUUGAGACACCCUGUAGAACAAAGAAGUAACUAGUUUAUGUUCAUUAAUUGGUACAAGGUUUCUAAGAAUGAUACACUGGUCUCUCAUGUGAACUAGAGUGCUGGAUCAUAAGAAUGGAAAUGAAGAUUAUUAUUAUUAAACCACUAUUUUCGCACCAAAAUCCCAACACCAUGUCAAGCAUCAUUUCACGUUCACCUCCUCCCAUCUCAUUUACUGCAUAUCAUGCAGCAGAUGUGGCAUGUUUCACAUUGGAGAAACUGGAAGACCUUUGAGGACAAGGUUUGGUGAGCAUUGGCAUGCAAUCAUUGAUAAUGGGGUUAAUCAGCCUGUUGCCAGACAUUUUAAUACUGGCAAUCACAGUGUUUCAGAUAUGGAAAUUUGAUGCUCUCCUAUUUUUGGUAGCAACAAUAGCCGCAAAAGACACAAAAUGUGUCUCAUGUCCAAACUUGGCACUGUCCACCCCUAUGGCAUUAAUGAACGUAUUUUCUCUGUCUGUCUUUGUCUGUCUAAAGUAGACAUUAACAGUACUAUUUAUUCUUACCUCACUCCAUACUUGUUUCAUAUAUUUUGUUGUAUUUGCUGUGUUUUCUGUAUAAUUGUAUUGAUAUAUUCUACAAUGUGAUUUACAUUUUUUGUUUAUACUUUGUUUAUACUUCGGAAUAUCAUACUCCUGUUUUCAUCUACCGGUGAUCACCCACUGUUGUUUUUCUCCCACGAACAAUAAUUUUUGCAUCAAUUCUUCACGAUUAGAAAUCCAAAAACGCUCAUUUUCUCGAUUUGGCUCUUUUAUCUGGAAUAGUAUUUCUCCAAGUUUCCGUGCGCAAAGGAAACAUAUUUUCAAAACCAAAUUAAACAAAACACUUAUAUGACAAUACUACAGAAGGCAAAUGACCAUAUUGAUCUGCCCAUGAUAAUAAACAGAUUGCCUUUGAAACUAAACUAUCUUACAAUUUAUUGUAUAAUUGAGAUUUUUGUGGUUAUUAUUUUUGUGCUCAAUUUCAUCCCUAUAUUUAGCACUUUAGCGAGAUUUCCAUAUUACCGAUUAUUUUACAUAAACAAAUAAAUUGACUUCUAAUUCAGUUGUUCUGCUGGUAACUUUGUAAACCUGCAAUAAUUUAAUCUAAGUUCUUUAUCUUGUAAUUCAGUCAUUUCUAUUAUCCCCCCCCCUCCCUCCCUCCCUCCCUCCCUCCCUCCCUCCCUCUUAAUUACAUUAUAUCACGACACGCCUCGAUUAGCUUGGCUACUUGCGGCUAGUGAAAAUUUAUGAAUUAUGUACAAAGAUAAACCAGAAAUAAAAUAUGUUUUCAUGGUUUUCAUAGUGAGCAUUACCAACAAAUAAGUGAUUUCAUUAGCUCCCAUAUCAUGCAGAAAAGUCAGAAAUAUUGUAAUUGCCCUCAUUUUACCUUGGCAGGUCUGCAGAUUUGUUGCAAGAUGUAUUAGGCAGAAUAGUACAUUGAAAUUGUCUUCUUCGAAAGGUCAAAGAUAACUUUGACUUUUUUCCAUAUUAUACCAUCUAUGCUGCACACUUUUACUGCAGCUUUAAAAAAAUGAGGAGGAAACUGAUCCAGUUAAUAAAAAUUCAUUUAUAUUGUAAGGUUUUAAAACAACUCCACAUAUUAACUGCAAAACUCCGUUACUGUAUAUCUUACUAAACCGGCUGCUCAUAGAGGGCAACUGUAUAUGGUAAGAGUUUUGAGCACAGCACCCAUAAAAAUGGGCACAGCACCUGUGACAUUUGUCAUGUAAACAUGACAAAAAAGACACCACUGCUCAAAAUAUUUAAGGCGCUAAAACUUACUGAUGAGGUAGUCUUGCUAGCCGUUUCCAAAUUAGGAAAGAAUUCAAAAAGUAUCCCACACCAUGCAUAAUUCGUAUUCAGCAUUGCUUCUGCUUACAAACAAAACAAACAGACAGUCGAUAGAUUAUCAAGGAAAGGUGCUUAUUUAACUACAGUUUAUCACUUUAAAUACUAAAUAGCCACUUUAAACGUAUUUAUCUAUAAUUGACAUGGGUUUUUUGUCUUGUGCCCAAUGUUCUCUUCUCCUCAGCAUAGCUUGAUGUCAACCAGCCUAUGUCUAUGUCUAUGAUGUGCAAAUAAAGUGAGAAAUGGUUGAUUAUUCAAGUCGUAUUCAAAAGUAACUUCUUUAUUCCAGGCUUGUUUAUUCUGCCAUUUGUGUUACAGCUUGAAGCAUGCAAACAUUUUCAUGUAUUUAAAACAUGAUCAAGCAGCAGUGUUUUAUCAGAUAUAAAGAUACGACGCGAAACCAAGUAUCUUUAGGUCUGAUAAAACACGCAAUGCGCGAAUGUUUUCAAUUGCUUCAAAAAACGAUCGAUCUAGUAAGUUUAUUGGCGAAGUAAUUUUCAAAAAAUACGUUGUAUUAGUCGAGAAAAUCAAAGUUAAAGUUUAUGUAAAUCAAGGGGAAAAUAAAGAUACGACUUAUGAUUUUGCUUUGUGUUUUUCUCAUGAAUUAUUGAGUUUUUGAAGUUUGUUUACAAAUAUAAAACAUUUUCCGUGUUAUCUGCUGUGUUGGUGUAAUGUAUUCAGGCGAAUAAGAUGUUUGUGUGAUGUUACUCUGAGUGUAUAUCCACACUGGGCAGGCUUGAAAAAUAUGCCUGGCCACGGCGGGAUUCGAACCUACGACCUUUGGAAUACUAGUCCAACUGAGCUUCGCGGUCAGGACGGUUCGAGUAUGCGAUAUUUCGGAACUGAGUCUAGUUCCUAAUUCGAUAUCAGUGUAAUCUAAUAAUCAUGAAAUCUGCUGUGUUGGUGUAAUGUACUCAUUAUUAGAUUAUUAGAUUACACUGAUAUCGAAGGAACUAGACUCAGUUCCGAAAUAUCGCAUACUCGAACCGUCCUGACCGCGUAGCUCAGUUGGAAGAGCAUUGGGCUACUGUAGUAUUCCAAAGGUCGUAGGUUCGAAUCCCGCCGUGGCCAGGCAUAUUUUUCAAGCCUUCCCGGUGUGGAUAUACACUCAGAGUAACAUCACACAAACAUAUUUUCCGUGUUGAUAUACAGUUAUAUCAACACGAGUGGCAAUUGGGAAAACGAGAAAUUGUGUGGAAGCACGACGCCCGAAGGGCGGAGUGUUUUCACACAAUUUCGAGUUUUCCCAAUUUCCACGAGUGUUGAUAUAACUAUAUAUCAAUACGAAUAUAAUAUAAUAUAGCACAAAGAAUUUCUUUGUGCUAUAAUAUAAUAUAGCACAAAGAAACAUAAAGAAAGAAAUUUUCCGACGUUUCCGUGUUGACAUUGAGUUAUAUCAACACGGCUCUUAGCCAAUCAGCGUUCAGAAUUUACAAAUGCUAUAUUAUAAUUACAUUUCAAACACAACAUGUCAAAGCGUAUUAAUAUUAUUCUUUACAUAAUAUGCCAUGUUUUGUUUGAAUUCCAAUGACAUUUAUACAAUUUCAUACUGUGAAUCCAUAAAAGUCAGGUACACCAAUACAAAAUAAAUUGUACACUAUUUAGAAUCAAGAGAAUACAAGAUAUAUUGCUUCUACGAUCAAUAUUUUUCAUAUUUUCGAACAAUUUCAAUAACCCUCUGAAACGUUGCAUUUAAAAAGUAAACAGACGAAUAUUUUUGCAUGUUUUUUGUUUAUAGCGUGCCAUUAGCUGGAUUAUAUGGUUUAUCCUUCUUGUAUUAUGGUGCAGUUGGUAUGUUG